UUAGGCUCCUCUGCAGAACUUCUCAGAUGUCAGAGAGUCAGAGGCUCAUGUUGCCUUCCUCCUCCUCCUCCUCUUCCUCCUCCUCCGGUUCGGAAACGGGAUGUGAUGUAAAAACAGAAACUUUUUUUGUCUUCGGAGUUGAUCGGAUUUUUCUGGAUCCGAACGGAUUGUUCCGAAACAAGCCGAAUCUGAUCAAAUCAGGAGUUUUUCGGAAAGUCGCCGGGAGUUGAAGAGACGGAUCGACUCCUCCACCAUGACCCAGUGAGGGAACCCGAACCGAGCCGAACCGAGCCGGGGAGAAGCUGUGAAGCUGCUGCGUUGGACCCGGAGAGAAGCAGCGGAAAACAGAGAUGUAGCGCUCCUGCUGGUGAGACCGUUGGACCAUCAUGCACCUCUUCCUGCUGCUGAUCCUUCAGCUUCCAGCAGCCAGCGGACAGAUCGAUCCAGAACAUUGUCGCUAUGCGUUGGGCAUGGAGGACGGACGGAUCCCCGAUCAGGACCUGACGGCGUCCAGCCGGUGGUACGAGACCACCGGGCCGCAGUACGCCAGGUUGAACUCUGAGGACGGAGACGGUGCCUGGUGUCCUAAAGGACAGCUGGAGCCUUCAGACUCCCAGUUCCUGCAGAUCGACCUGCGCAGACUCACCUUCCUGACGCUGUUCGGGACUCAGGGCCGGUACGCCAGAGGUCUGGGGAAGGAGUUCGCCGCGGCGUACCGCCUGAACUACAGCCGAGACGGACAGCUGUGGAAGUCCUGGAAGAACCGGCUGGGAAAGGAGGUCCUGGAAGGAAACAAAGACACCUACGGCGUUUUCUCCAACGACCUGAAGCCUCCGAUCAUCGCGCGCUACGUCCGCGUCAUCCCCGUCACCAGGCUGUCCACCACCGUGUGCAUGAGGGUGGAGCUGUACGGCUGUCCCUGGGAGGACGGACUGCUCUCCUACAGCGCUCCAGAGGGUCAGCUCAUGAUGUCGCCCGGUAACCCGUCAGUAAUCAGUCUCAACGACUCCACGUACGACGGCGUCCACGAGAAAAGGAAGCUGUUCGGAGGCCUGGGUCAGCUGACGGACGGCGUGACGGGCCGCGACGACUUCCUGGCCAUCCGCCAGUACAACGUGUGGCAGGGAUACGACUACCUGGGCUGGAGGAACGACACGCCGGGGACUCAGGGAUACGUGGAGAUGGAGUUUGUGUUCGACAGGCUGAGGAACUUCACCUCCAUGAAGGUUCACAGUAACAACAUGUACAGCCGCGGCGUGAAGAUCUUCUCCUCCGUGUCCUGUUGGUUUAAGCCUUCCCUCAGCUGGGAGCCAGAGCCCGUUUCCUUCUCCACCAUCCUGGACGACAGGAACCCGAGCGCCCGUUACGUCACGGUGCCGCUGAGCCGCCGGGCCGCCAGGUCGCUCCGCUGCCGCUUCUACUACGCAGACGUCUGGAUGAUGUUCAGUGAGAUCUCAUUUCAGUCAGAAGACAUCAUACUGCCAACACAACAGCCACUGAUGGGGACAUCUGUUCCAGGAGGACAUAGGGACAUCACCAUGACAACAGCACCAAAGACCGAUAACACAGCAGCUGCUCCGUCCCCCAGCAGCAGCUCAGACAAGACGCCCAUUCUGAUUGGCUGCCUGGUGACCAUCAUCCUCCUGCUGGUCAUCAUCAUCUUCCUCAUCCUCUGGUGCCAGUGUGUCUGCAAGGUGCUGGAGAAGGCGCCUCGUCAGAUCCUGGACGAGGAGGUGACGGUCCGCCUGUCGUCCUGCAGCGACACCAUAAUCCUGCAGACGCCCCCGGUGCCGCCGCGGUCCCGGCAUCCUCCUGCAGGCCCCACCAACACCGACCCCCACUAUGAGAGGGUCUUCCUGCUGGACCCUCAGUACCAGAACCCGGCCGUCCUGAGGAACAAGCUGCCGGAGCUGUCGCAGAGCGCCGAGGCUUCAGCGCUCUUCCUCGGUAAUCCUCUCUAUGACCUGCUGCUGCUGACUUCCUGUCGCCAGACGUCAGGAUGGCUUGGUGGUUGCUAUUUUAUGUGGUCGUGCGGCGGCGGCUACGCCGAGCCGGACGUCACCCAGUGCACGCCUCACCAGUCCUUCAACAACAACGCGCCGCACUACGCCGAGACGGACAUCGUCCGGCUGCAGGGCGUAACCGGUAGCAACAUGUACGCCGUCCCCGCCCUGACCGUCGACUCCCUCACCAGGAAGGACAUCUCCGCCGCAGAGUUCCCGCGACACCAGCUCAUCUUCAGGGAGAAGCUGGGAGAGGGACAGUUUGGAGAGGUCCACCUCUGUGAAGCCGAGGGACUCCCAGAAUUCCUUGGGGAAGGCUCGCCUCUUCCCGACAGAGACGGACGCUCGGUUCUAGUGGCGGUGAAGCAGCUGAGGGCCGACGCCACGAGUCAGGCCAGGAACGACUUCCUGAAGGAAAUCAAGAUCAUGUCCCGGCUGGACGACCCGAACAUCAUCCGGCUGCUGUGUGUGUGCGUGUCGUCCGACCCGCUGUGCAUGGUGACCGAGUACAUGGAGAACGGAGACCUGAACAUGUUCCUGUGUCAGCGCGAGAUCGAGAGCACGCUGACGCACGCCAACAACAUCCCGUCCGUCAGCCUGUCGGACCUCCUCCACAUGGCCGUCCAGAUCUCCUCUGGGAUGAAGUACCUGGCGUCUCUGAACUUCGUGCAUCGUGAUCUGGCCACCAGGAACUGCCUGCUGGACCGCCGCCUCACCAUCAAGAUCGCCGACUUCGGGAUGAGCAGGAACCUGUACAGCAGCGACUACUACCGGAUCCAGGGCCGGGCCGUGCUGCCCAUCCGCUGGAUGGCCUGGGAGAGCAUCCUGCUGGGGAAGUUCACCACGGCGAGCGACGUGUGGGCGUUCGGAGUGACGCUGUGGGAAAUCUUCACUCUGUGUAAGGAGCAGCCGUACAGCCUGCUGUCCGACGAACAGGUCAUCGAGAACUCGGGCGAGUUCUUCCGGAACCAGGGCCGACAGAUCUUCCUGUACGCCCCUCCUCUCUGCCCGCCGUCGCUCUUUGAGCUGAUGAUGCGCUGCUGGAGCCGCAACAUCACGGACCGACCCACGUUUGAGGGACUUUACCAAGCCCUGAGGCCCCACGUCAACCAGUGAUCCACCGGGGGCCCGCUGGGCCCGGCUGGGGCCCCGCUCCGGCUCAGGGCCCCCAGGGCUGCUGGGACUCCUGUAUGGUGACAGACAUGAACAUGAUGGACCAGAACUACUCUGCUGGAGAGUCCCGGCGGCUGAGGUCCGAUCUGAGGAGAACCCGUCAGCCUGUGCUGAACCUCAGCGCCUCAUCAGUCCCUUUAGGAACCAGAUGAACUUUCAUCGUUUGUUUUUGUGCCAGAUGUUGCCUGAAACCUGAUUUCCUUCCCGUUUUUGGCUCCCUUGGAGCCCAGAACCCGCCGGCGUUCAGCCGCUGGUGUUUCUGUCUGCGUGGUUCUGGUUGUUGUUGUAAAGCACUGUGUCUGUGUCUCAGUUAUUCAUGUUCGUAGAUAAUAACCCACACUGGAGCUAAAGUCAAAGUGUAGCGUAGACUUUUUGUUGUUAAGGUUUUAUUGCUUUUUCAUAUUUUGACAUUUGUUUGGUCGUUUACACAGAAGAGAGUCGAGUCCAAGUUCAGUUUCCCAAGAACUAAAGUAAAUCAUAUUAAACUUCCUUUUUCUAUGUUCAGACAGAAGUACAGCUCAGAAAACUCCUAGAUUGUGAAAAAUGUUUUUGUUCCUCUUUGCAGAAAAUGAAACUCAUGAUGAAGAUUUAUUAUGGAGUCAAACAUUUCAAACCUUUAUUUCUUGUAAUUUUGACUUGGAGAAAAUAAAACCCCAACAUUUUUAACAUAUUCUAAGUUAAAUAUUGGAAACUUAUGUCGAGUUUCAAAUGUAUUUAUAUAGCAUGUUUCCAAUAAUUCAAGCUGCAUAAAAUGUUUUACUAUGAAAAAUAACCAAAACGUUAAAGACAAUUUGCUAAAAGCCUUUCAGUUACUGACGCCCUCCAAAAACGGCCAUUACUAGCUGCUUGUUCUCAGACUGCUGUGUCCAAACACACUCAUGGAAAGUUGGGUGGAAGAAAAAAGUGCAGUAGGAAAAGGUGCAAAAGCAACAGGGAAAACAGCAACAGAUGGUUGAGCACAAACUUCUCGAGUCUGGGAGUUUCACACAGAGUGGACUGAGGCUGAGGACAACGAGUGCCUCACCUGGGCUCAGGACAACCAGAACCGGGCUCAGGACAACCAGAACCGGGCUCAGGAGAACCAGAACUGGACCGAGGAGAACUAGAACUGGACUCAAUAAAACCAGAACUGGACUCAGGAGAACCAGAACCGGGAUCAGAAGAACCAGAACUGGGCUCAGGAGAACCAGAACUGGACUCAGGAGAACCAGAACCGGGAUCAGAAGAACCAGAACCGGGCUCAGGAGAACCAGAACUGAAAGUUUUUAUUUCAUUUGGAAGUCAAGGUCCCAGACUCUGGAGGAGUGGAGGGAACCAGGAUGAAGUUCCCACAGUCUGUGAUAAACUCGGAUCUUCUGCUGGUACCAAUAUCUGCUUCUAUCACCAUGGUAACAACAGCAGACUGGCCUGACCUUUAACCCCAGAGAAUCUAUGGAGUUUGGUUUUGAGGAAGAUGAGUGACACCAGAACCAACGGUGCAGAUGAUCUGAACGUUUGACAGGAACCUGGACCUCCAGAACCUCAGCAGAACCUCCAGGCUGCAUCAACACUGGAGCCCAGACUGAGACCUAGAGUCUGAAUAUUUCUGCUUAAAAUAUCAUUUUAAUGAUCUGAUGUAAUAUUCUGGUUUCCUGAGACGCUGCAUGUUGGGUUUUUAUUCUAACCAGAACCAUCAAAAGUACAAGAAAUAAAAUCUGGAACAUUUCACUCUGUAUGUAACGAAUAUAGAAGAUGUGAGUUUCACCUUCUGAAAUGAUGAAAAAUAUGGAGCUUUACUUUGGAGAUUUGAUGCAAACAGGAAGUCCAAAGGAAGAGUCCAACCUGUGUGUUCUGGGUUCUGCAGGCGGCUGUGAACCUGCAGCUGUAGAUCCGAUCCGUCCUGAUCGGAUCACGGUGAGACGCUAAAGUUUUAAAACCGGUAGAACUGAGGAUGUUUCCUUUUUGAGCUGUAAAGUUCUUUACUGUCAUUGAACACAUCAGUGAUUAAACCUUUAGAGGAUUGUUGCUGUUUGGAGUCGGAUCGGUCCUGAUCUGACGGAACCGUUCUUCUUCUUCUGUUUGAAGCAGCAGAUCACCUGGAAACUGAUGGAAAGUUUCCUGGAGACGUUGAAUCCUGUUAAUGUCUGACAAAGUUACAACAUUAAGAAGUCUAUAUUAAAGCUCUUAUUUUAUAACUAAA